AUGCCGAGGAUACGGGUGAAAGUUUCGACGCUUUUGACGCAUAUUAUGGAAAGCAACCUGGACCAAGCGGCAAUGGCGGAGGUGACCGAUAUCGUCCAUAAUACGACCGCAACAGUGAUCGGAACCGUGGUCGGGACGGUCGGGACAACCGAGACGAUCGGCGUGGACGAGAUAGACGCCAACGUAAUGACGGGCGCCGGGGAUACGGAAGGCCACGAGGUUGUUAUAGGAAUAGAUAUGGUAGACAGGUUUAUCGAUAUGGAGGUUACAACAAAUAUCGGACCAAUGGCCGACCUUAUGGAGGAGGCGAAACUGAACGAAGAGGAAUACUUUUUGAUGGAAGAGUACGAAGAGUCUGAGAUCGAAGACGAAUCCGACGAGUAUAACUAUUUUAAGCAUCUAAAUGCUCGUGACAUCCAGUAUGUUCCUCCAUAUGUCGAGGAAAUUGAAGAUGAGUACUUCGCCCAACCUCAGAUCGGCAGGGAGCCUUGGGAAUCAGACACAGGCACUCUACCCGAUGAGGAACAAUUACCUGAACUAAACAACGCCACUGACAAGGUGGAAGGGAAGUAUAAGCCAAUGAUUAUUGGUAAUGGCUUGGUGGCGAGGGAGGCGACAAACAUCCCGAUUUAUGACCUCACCCCUGACAUGCGGAAUAAUGCGACGUUAAAGAAAUAUACCAGCAUAGAGCUCAGGAUGGUCAAUGACGCGGGUGAUGAAUCGACGUUCGGCACGAAACUAGCUAAGCUGGCAGAGAGUUACGACGUAUGGACGGAUAAGGGUGUGAUCGAUCUACCCGAGGAAGAAAAGAUGACAGUGGAUCUGAUUGAAGGCUGGGAAAAGACGUACAAACCAGGACAAAUGUAUCCAUUAGGCAUGGAAGACAGGAAAUUUCUCGACGAAACUUUCGGCGAUAUGCAUGAUAAGACUAAGAUGGAAUAG